AUGCCCUCCGUUGCCAGAAUCCACAAGCGCCAAGCCUAUGGCAAGGAUGCUCUUACAUACUAUCCAGUGCUCAUUGUGGGCGCUGGAGAAUCCGGAAUCGCCAUGGGGUGUCGGCUGAAGAAGGCCCUGGGAACUGACCAAUUUCGCAUCUUUGAACGUCAGUCGGGAAUCGGGGGAACCUGGUGGAUUAAUCGAUAUCCCGGUGUCGCUUGCGAUAUUCCUGCAUUACUCUAUUCUUUCUCAUUCGCAACUAAGAAGAAUUGGUCCACCGUUCAUCCGUCGGGCCCGGAGAUUGCUCAAUAUCUGGCCGAUGUCUGUGAGGAGUAUCAGAUUGUCGACAAAAUCCAGUUCCACACCGAUGUUCGCGAGCUUCGGUGGAUCGAAGAGGAUGAAGAGUGGGAGGUGCUGCUGUCUCACUUGGUGCCCGGCAUGGGGGAUCUCUCCUCUUCUGAUCGAGAACAGCUGGUCCUGAAAGAGGGUCCGCGCAGCGUCUAUGUCAAGAGCGAGAUUGUUCGUGCCAAAGUCGUCGUGAGUGGGGUCGGUGGCCUGGUCGAACCCAAGACCUGGCCCAAGAACAUACCGGGCGUGGAAGACUUUGAAGGAGAAAUCAUCCACACAGCUCGGUGGAACAGCGAUGUGGAUCUGAAAGACAAAAAUGUGAUCAUGCUGGGCUCAGGCUGUAGCGCUGCUCAGGUCGUUCCCGAGCUGGUCAAACCCGAGGCCAAAGUCCGUUCUAUCACGCAGAUCAUGCGCACGGCUCCAUGGGUGCAACCCGACCUCUUGCCCCCUCAUCUCCUGGAAUACUGGGAGAGAUGGAUGCCAUCCAUCCUCACCUACGUGCCCGGACUGUCCCAACUGCUACGCAACUACCUCUUCUUGGCUUUUGAAGAGACCUUCUUCUCCAUGUUCACAGAAAGCUCCUAUGGGCGGAAAAAGAAACCGGAGCUCGAGAAGCAGUUUUUGGAUCACAUGCGCAAGGUGGCUCCCAAGCAGUAUCACGACGUGUUGACCCCCAACUACACGCUUGGAAGCAAGCGCCGCAUCAUUGAUGGAACUUGGUACCGCAGUCUUCACUCCCCCAAAGUCACACUGACCACUCAACCGCUGACCCGGGUGCACGCAAAGAGCGUCACGAUCGGACCAGGCCAAGCUUACCCUCCGGGCAAGGAGACAGAGGGCGAGGAACACGAGAUCCCAGCGGACGUGAUCUUGCUGGGCAAUGGAUUCGAGACGAAUCAGUGGCUUCACCCGCUGAAAGUCAUCGGCAAGGGAAAUAAAGAGAUGCAAGAGCUGUGGACAGAGCGAGGGGGUGCUCAGGCGUAUCUUGGCAUCGCCAUGGACCACUGCCCCAAUCUUUUCAUCAUCUUCGGUCCCAAUACCGCUACCGGCCACACCAGUGUCAUCUUUGCCACAGAAAAUGCGGUCAAUUACUCACUGAAAUUCAUCAAGCCCAUCUUGAAUGGCCAAAUCAGCUCAUGGGAGGUCAAAGAGAGUGCAGAGAAAGCAUGGACGAAGCAGAUUCAAGAUCAACUACAAAAGACCGUUUUCCGCCGCGGUAUCUGCUCUAGUUGGUAUAGCACCGCUGAUGGAUGGAAUUCGUCGACGUAUCCUCAGGAGACCCGUCGGGACGCCGAGUGGAAUCACCACGAUGAGUCAGCUGAAAUCCGGGGAAACGGAGAGCCCCGCGAGGAAUCUCUCCGCACUUGGAUUGCUUGCGUAUCCCGUCUUUCCUCGCGCGUGUCAGACAACCCCAACCGGCCUUUUGUGCCACGAUGGCCUCGGAAUCACCUCAAGUGGAAAAAUCCACACCGCGAUCGGGCUCUGGAGAUCGAGAGAGCUCGUUGGCUGCCGAAACGGCCAAGAGGAAAGCGGAACCAGGCAACGGAACACACACGCGCGCAAAGCGGAAUCGUUAUAUUUCCAUCGCAUGGUAUGAUUUGGUGGUCCCCCCCCCCCACGACUUUCACCAACAAGCAAACCACGUUGCUCGUUGUUUCCGACCGCUCUGCUCCGCUCUCAGCUGAGACGCAGUCAGUCAGGAAUAGCAUGGCCUACGACUAUGCUCCGACUUGCCAACAAGCUGGUCGGUUUCCGCUGUCUCCUCUUUUACGGGAUGGGGGGAAGGGGGAGGAGAGCAACGGCGUGAGAUCACCGCUGACGAUCGCCGCUGAUUCUAUAGUAAUGAAUGCAAACGUCGCAAGAUCAAGUGUAAUGGACAAGUUCCGUGCCAGCGAUGCGGUCAUCUCAACCUGGAAUGUGAGCCGCUCCCCACAGUGUGAUGGUAGUCCCAGGACAGGUUGGCGUUUGGUGGCUGCGGAACCAGCCCACUACAGUCCAACGGCUACAAUUCCGAAACUCGACGCUGACACCGUCCCAGGCCGAUAUGCUCCAAACUGCUGUAACAACAAUUUCAAGGAGUCGGACGAAUUUCGGACCAUCACCUCCCAGAUUACAUCUCUACAGGAACAAGUCCAUGGCAUUUUAUCGAGUUUGAACGAGCUGAGAGCCCAGAAGCCGACUUUUGAAGCAACGCCCGUCUUUGAUGACAUCGCUCAGCCGGUCUUUCCCACCUUGCCCGGCGCUGCGCCAAAGACCCAACCUCAACAUCCGCGAUUCCACGGUCCUACAAGUUCCGCGUUCAAUUUUGAUGUUGCCAAAAGUAGCUUGCAGAACAUGGGCAUCAACCCAGCCGACGACGGCAUCGGCGACAAUAUGACGACCGCCCACGUCACGCCCGUGGGCUCUCCACCGCCUCCACGAAUGAGCCAACUGGUCCCGACGAUACAUCCCACGAAAGAUCCGAUAUGGACAAUCCGCCGAGAAGAGGCCGUACGGCUAUGUCAAGUCUACGAAGAAGAAAUCGGAAUGAUGUAUCCGGUGGUGGAUAUUAAGACCGUCAUUGCCCAGGCCAAUCUUUUGUACACGUUCAUAGAAGCUGCCACGAGAACAGGGUUUGCCCAAAGAGGCUUACCAGGCUCGGAUGGUCUUCAUGAUGACAACACCCUUUUGUUGAAACUGAUCCUUGCCGUGACCUUGGUUGUGGAAGGGGGCGGUCGAAGUGACCUUGGUCAACGCCUAUUUCUUUCUGUCAAGCCUGUCAUUGAAUCAAGAUUAUGGGAGCCUCAUGACAUCAAAACUAUCAAGCUCUUUUGCUUUGUGGCAACUUAUCAUUUCCACACCGACGAUGACGCCAUGGCGUAUCGCAUCAUUGGCCUCGCAGCUCGGAUGUGUUUGGAAAUGGGUCUCCAUCGCCGAGAUGCCCUGAUGAAAUCUUUCCCCGACGAGAACCAGCGGAAUGAUGUGGUGCGGCUUUUCUGGUCCGUGUACAGCCUGGACCGUCGUUGGAGUCUGGGGACAGGAUUACCAUUUGUAAUUCAAGAUGAAGAUGUGGAUUCAAACCUCCCAGAACCCGACUCAUCCCUCCUUUAUCUGAAAUGCAUGAUCUCGUACAAUCGCAUCGGCUCCAAAAUCUGGUACUCCGGAUUGGGUUCUGAAGGUACGACGGACAUCAGACGCGAUAGUAUCGGAUAUUUGGACUAUCAGGUCCUGCAAUGGUACAAGCAGGUCCCCGACGAAUUGAAAUUCUAUCCGGUGGAGUCGCCCAAAGACGGAGAGCCUGCAAGCCGAGGACAGAGACGUCUGAGAGUCUUACUCUAUCUGCGGAUGAACCAAUUACGAAUUCUCAUCUACCGACCGGUGCUACACUCCGCGGCGAGUAUCUUGGAAGACCGCGGACAUGCACAGACGGUCGUCGAUGUGGCCAAAGACACCGUGCGAGUUUUGGCACGUCUCAACCAAAUGUCCGACAUUUACCGUACUCAGCAGAUCACCUUCAACUAUUUCCUCGUUGCUGCAUUGGCAGUGCUGUUUCUUGCCGUAUGUCACGCUCCCCACGACUUCAACCGACAGGUUCGAGAUGAGUUCUACAUGGCUUUGGACCUGGUGAACGGGUUCAGCACAAAGUCCUAUGUUUCGAGGCGGCUCUGGAACACUAUCAAGGGACUCCGCAAGAUUGGGGAGAGAUUGGGAGUCUUGGCUCGUCCCUUUGGCUCGGAUGGAAACGAUCCUCAUUCCACGGCAGCCGUGGCGAUGGCCGGGCUUGCGGGCCAUCCCAUCGAAGAUUUGUCCAUGUAUGGGCAGAUGAGUGGAGCCCAGGAGCUGGGCAACAGUCCAUUAAAUGGUCUCCAGAUGUCACAUGAGUUGACGAAUAUUUUCGAGGCGGUUGGGGCCUUUGGCCAUUUUGCUCCGGAUCAUGGCGGCAGUGCCAACAGUAUCAAUGGGUUCCAUGGUGGUGAUGGUGACAUGCGUAACACAGGGGAAGGGCUUUCGGGUAUUCUGGGAGGCGAGGAGGAAUUUUCUCGUGUUAUUCGUGACCUAUUCUAG